AUGCAAGUGCCGCUUCUCGGCUGCACUUUCCUCACGCUGUCAGAUCGUGAGGAAAGUACUGCGGAGAACCGGCAGUUGUCAGAGCGGGGAUCGGCACCGAUCAUCAGGGCACUGAUGAUCAGUGCCCUGAUGAUCGGUGCCCAGCAAUGCCACCCGCAAGUUUCCGCCCACCUGUGCCCAGCAUUCCGCCCACCUGUGCCCAGCAGUGCACCCACCUGUGCCCAGCAGUGCACCCACCUGUGCCACUCUGCAGUGUCACACACCUGUGCCCAGAAGUGCCACCCACCUGUGCCCACCUACCAGUGCCACCCACCAGUGCAGCCCAGCAGUGCUGCCAGUCAGUGCCCA